UCUCCUGGGCAAUGAUGGCGAGCAAAAGACUGCAAAGAAAACUUCCACCGCUAAGAAACUACAUCCACCUAAAAGUAAGAUGGAGCAACUCUUCGGCUUCAAGAAGGAAGAUGUGACGUCAUGGCGCAGCCUGGUGACCCUCCUGAACCGCCCCAUGGACCCUGCAUCCCUGGGCAUCUUUCGCUGCAUGUUUGGCUUGCUGAUGGCCAUCGACAUCACACAGGAGCGGGGCCUGAGUCACGUGGACUACAAGUACCUGGACGGCGCCCCCGUGUGCCGCUUCCCGCUCUUCAACUUCCUCAAGCCGCUGCCCAUGGACUGGAUGUACAUGGUCUAUCUGGUGAUGUUCAUCGGCUCAUUGGGCAUCAUGCUGGGCUGCUUGUACCGCCUGUCCUGCCUGAUGUUCGUGUCCACAUACUGGUACGUCUUUUUCCUGGACAAGACGGCGUGGAAUAACCACUCCUACCUCUACGGCCUCAUCGGGUUUCAGCUCACGCUCAUGGACGCCAACAGAUACUGGUCAGUGGACGGCUUGAGGAGAGCCGCCAUAAGAAACGCACACGUGCCGCUGUGGAACUACACCUUGUUGAGGACGCAGGUAUUUAUAGUCUACUUCAUCGCUGGAAUUAAGAAGCUGGAUGCUGAUUGGAUGGAGGGCUACUCCAUGUCCUAUUUGGCGCAUCAUUGGCUGUUCGAUCCCUUCAGGAUGAUUCUUCCCGUGGAGUUAAUCAGUCUGCUGGUGGUCCACGGCGGCGGUCUAAUUCUGGACCUGAGCGCCGGCUACCUGCUUUUUGACGCCACAAGACCUUACGCGGUUGUCUUCGUCACCUACUUCCACCUCAUGAACUCUCAGCUCUUCAGCAUCGGCAUGUUCCCCUACGCCAUGCUGGCCACCAGUCCGCUCUUCUUCUACGCCGACUGGCCCAGGCGGUUCUUUGCCCGCUUUCCGGCGUUCCUCCGGAGCGUCCUCCCGUACACGACGCCCGACCCCCAGCCCAGCUCUUCCUGCAUUUACCAGGAGGCCGGCCGGCAGCAGGGUGUCGCCAAGUCUUCCAAGACGAGGUUCAAACACAAACUGGCGGCCUUCUUUGCUGUGGUCUACUUGCUUGAGCAGUUCUUCCUGCCGUACUCCCACUUCAUCACUAAGGGUUACAACAACUGGACCAACGGCUUGUACGGCUACUCCUGGGACAUGAUGGUGCACUCACGCAGCCACCAGCACGUGAAGAUCACCUACAAGGACGGCCAAACCGGGGACAUUGGAUACCUCAACCCGGGGGUAUUCACUCACAGUCGGCGCUGGAAGGACCACGGCGACAUGCUGAAGCAGUACGCCACCUGCCUCAGCGACCUGCUGCCUCGCUACAACAUCUCCGCCCCGGAAAUCUACUUUGACAUCUGGGUGUCCAUCAAUGAACGUUUCCAGCAAAGGAUAUUCGACCCCCGCGUGGACAUCGUGAAGGCUGACUGGUCUCCGUUCCGACCGAACCCGUGGCUGAUGCCCCUGCUGGUGGAUCUCUCGCCCUGGAGGACAAAGUUCCAGGAGAUCGAGAGCUCUUUGGACAACCAGACAGAGAUUGUCUUUAUCGCAGAUUUUCCAGGCCUCCACUUAGAGAACUUUGUGAGCGAAGACCUGGGCAACACCAGCAUCCACCUGCUGCAGGGCGGCGUGAAGGUGGAGGUGGUGGAGGAGAAGAAGAACUACACCUUGCAAGCCGGGGAGAAGAUGACGGUUCCCGCCGGAGCUUACCAUAGAGUGUACACGGUGUCCCAGGGGCCAUCUUGCUACAUGUACAUCUACGUCAACACCACGGAGGCGGCGCUGCAGCAGAACUUCACCAAGCUGUUGGACCUCCAGGAGCGCAUUCGGAACGGGACAGAGACGGAGCCUCUCCCACCCGAGCUGCAGCCUCUCCUGUGGGCGGACAGCGAGGACGGCACCGAGGUGGACGCCACUGACCCCGUGGUGAAGCUCUUCCUGAAGAGGCAGCGGCGCCUGAAGGAGGUGAAGAGGCGGCGGGAGGCCGGCGUGCUGGAGCGUCUGCGGCGCUUUGCUGUGAAGAAGUACUACAGCAUACGGCGAGGAUUCUUGAUGACGGCCAUCGCCGUGAGAAACCUGGCAGUGGGUUUGCCGCCGCUGGAUCAGCUGACGCAGGAAGUGGCGUUCGCCAACAUGAAAGAACCGGAAACGGAAGAAGGACGGGGGGCGGAGCAGCUCAAAGAUGAAGUCGGUCACGGAGAACUCUAGGGAGACGUCCCCGCUCACGUUGCCUGGACUGGACUGUUGCAGUACGGAGGAAAUUUACAUGGCCCCGUUCCAAGGAAUCAUUUUUCAAUGCGGUCUGCUGAAAAUGACGGAAAGCGCCACUCGACAGAGCAAAUGAUGCUGUGGUCAAAUUAAUAAGAUAUUCAACACUCUACUAUCUGUGGGUUAAACUAGAUAGUGCAACCCCCCAAUUUGUCACGUUUCACGUGUCAGGUAAACCGUGAGGAGCGGGGCCAUAUGAAUCCCCUCCUUACUGCGCUACGACAGGAGGGGACACAUGUUACUAAAAUGUUUGCCAUUUCAGAUUAUUUCCAAAUACAAAGGCAGUAUUUUGCUAACUAAGCUAAUGUGACAACUAGCAGGAAUUUUUGCAUAUUUUUACUUUGACUGAAAAGUUACACAUUCAAUCCUUAGUGAUUCUGUCAGUGCCUUUUUAUUGUUUGGAAAUGGUUACGUUGAAUAAGCAGUUUGGAAAUUGGGUACAAUUUUUCCUCAAAGAUUCUCCUCGAAUUGUAAUAUUAAAAAAAAAAAUUGAUAUUUUUCACAAUCAACAAAUAAUCCUUAACAUAGUAUUAAAACAUGUGUCAGAAUAAUUGUAUCUAAGUUAUCACAAAACUUUGUGUUUCAAUGAGUUCCCGGCGAACAGACAAAAGCCGUCUUUGAUCUUACCCAUCAAAAGGCUUGUAAAACUCCACUGUGUAUGAUGGGGAGCGACAUGAAGGUGUGGGUUUCUUUGAUGUAUUGUAAUCCACAGGAAGAUUUGGUCUUGACCCGAGAUCUACAAAGCGGAGAGGAGGCAAGGCCUGACCCCCCUCCAGGCACCUUUCCUUUGAACUGUUUUGUGACCGAGGGCAACGGCUGUUUAUGACCCUCAGUCCCUUUUAAAAAAACAGCUGUUGCCAUGAAAUCAGGGAAAGUCCAAAUAAAAGAGGAGACGUACAAUCUUUUGUCAGAGCGUGGACGACACUGUACAGGGGUACAGUGUCUCCGCUUUUCUCCUCAAAUGAGCUCAAAUUAA